AUGGCGGCGGCGGCCCAGCGUCAACCUCCCGGGGGUACAGCUGGUCUCCGCCUGCCCAAGGCGUCUCGGCCUGACGUCCUCACGCGGCUUCCGGGGAAUCCCCGGCCCGCCUGCCCGGGGGAGCGGUCGGCUGCCCCGGGCCUCUCGGCCGAAGCCCGCACCGGCCAGGCCCAACGCCGGGCAUCCCGCAGGUCGGCCCCAAGCAGCCGGCCCGGUCCGGCCCGGGGGAUCCCCUCGCGCCUCGGUCCGCCCGGCCGUCCGCCUCCUCGCCUGGGGCCCGGUCGUACUUGGUGGCUGCCGGGCGUCCGCCCGGCAGGCCGUCAUCCUGGUUGA